AUGGGAAAGCCGGCAAAAUCACAACCACAACCACAACCAGAACCAGAACCAGAAACUAAGCUGCAACGAGUGGAUCCUCCAGAUGUAGAACAACUUGGAAGAUCUUCAUGGACUUUACUUCAUUCAAUUGCCGCUUCUUAUCCAGACAAACCUGAUGAUACCACUCAAAACGACAUGAAACAGUUUGUCACGUUGUUUGGAAAAUUCUACCCAUGCUGGUUUUGUGCCGAGGACUUUAACAAAUAUGUCGAGAAGAACAAACCAGAAGUCACCGACCUGGACUCGUUCGGAAAAUGGCUUUGUCGUGCACACAAUGAUGUGAACAAGAAGCUAGGAAAGCCUGAAUUUGACUGCAAUUUGUGGAAGCAACGGUGGAAGGAUGGCUGGGACAAUUAG